CCACAAGUUCAAAUUUCAAUUACAGCAGGCAGCCUGGAAGCGUAAGGUGAGCAAGAUGAAAAGUCCACUCUUAGACUCGCUGUUCCUGUUUCUAGAGAAAUUAUCAUUGGUUGCCAACUUCAAACUUUUUAGUAUGACAGAUGAGGGUCAGGAAGCUACUUAUUAUCAGGACAUAUCCUAUUUCAAACGCGGAGACUUGUUACAAGUCUCCAGGACCCUAUUUGUUCACUUUGGAAUUUAUUUGGGAAAUAAUAAGGUUGCCCAUUUGAUGCCAGACAUCCUCCCUGCUCUUUCAGACGACAAGUGUCUGACUGAGAAAGUUGUGACCAACAAAAGGCUGAUCCUUGGUGUUCUGGCUAAGGUGGCCAGUAUCAGAGUGGACACAGUGCAGGACUUUGCCUAUGGUGGAAGUAUAGUAGUGAAUCAGAUGGACAGCAGCUUUAAUACAAAGCCCCUUCCUAAUGAAGAAGUGGCCCAGAGGGCUGAGAAACUGGUGGGGGCCACAUCAUACAGCCUGCUGUGGGAUAACUGUGAGCACUUUGUCACUUACUGCAGAUAUGGCUGUCCCGUGAGCUUCCAGACCGACAAGUUUUGUGAGACCGUAAAGAGGAUUAUUAGAGAUCAGAGGAGUGUGAUUGCUUCUGCCACUUCAGGACUGGUGCUAAUUCUCUGCCUAGGACUGGAUCCUUCCAUUACUCUCCCCAGCCUUCUAAUAACCUUCACACUGUGGAUGGCAAGCUAGAACAAAACGGAACUUGUACUCUGUAUAUAGAACAUCUUGUACAGUAUGUUAUUUAUAAUAAAAUGUGAACGACAAUCAAGCUAAUAUUUACUCAGCUAUGCAGAUUGGUUGCACAAAUAAUAAUAAAAACAUGUACUGCAAAUAUAACUUCACAAAGAUUUUUGGAAAAACUGGUGUGAUUGUGAUUUGUGUUGAACCCACUGUUACACAGGUAAAUAAAUGUGUAGCUACCUCUACUGUAGGUUUGCUGCAUCUGAAUGAUUAAAUAUACCAAGACUUUUGACAUUCAUAUGGAUUGCAUAAACUCAGCUUCUUCAUUAAUGAUCAUUUUUGUUAACUCUCUUAAAGGACAAAGGAAACACAGCUGCCUUUAUACAGUCACAAUGUUAUUCCUGUGUGUGGUGUUGUGUACUUCUAGAAAAUAUGCACUUUUGUUAAAUACAUUUCUUUCUAAUUAGUUUAUAUUAUUGCUUAAUACCUCAGGGCCUGUUUCAGAGAUGCACGCUAAUGCCACCAUGCUGCAAAUGUGUUUGUAUUAACAGGUGGCUUUGCAGAUCCGACUACAUACAAACAUACAGCGCUGGUCGCAGAUCCUUCAUUAAUCAGCCUUCCGGUCACGCAGAAUGGGCGCGUGUACUGAGAUGCUGGAGCCAUGUUUAUUGCGUACAGGAUAGCAGAUGCAAGCUGUGAUAUACCGUCUGGUUUUUGCCACCACUCCCCCUUUCCUCCUCCAAAUGCUCCCUGACUGUCAAUCACUUUGUGUAUAAAAAGAUGCAGAGCACGACUACAGUACAUGUACCCGGAUGCAUACACAGUGCAAUUUAUGCACACAUUACCAAGUAUUUCUCAUCUGCCAAAACAUCAGCAUAACUACAAGUCUAAAUCAGGCCAUUAACCUCUUGCCUGGCACUGCCACGUGUGAUGCGAUUGGAGCCAGGAGUACGUUACCUGGUCAGGUCGCAUUACAUGCAACGCACUGCCUGCUGUGUCCCCUGUCAUGUACUGUAGAUGAGGAUAUGUGUUCUCCUCUGGUUUCCUUAGAUCCCCUGGAGUGAUGUGGUGGUCUCUGACCACCGACAUCACUUCCUGAGUCGCGCCUCAGAAUGCUGUGCGGCCAACAUUCUGGAGCGCAUGUCCCAGGAAUCACAGUGCAGGGAAGGUAACAUAGGGCCUAAUUCAGAGCUGAUCGUAAACGCUCUGCACAGGGCUAGUCCGCCCCGCAUGCUAGGCCCUACCCCCACCCCUUCCCCAGCAGAUGUGCAGCGGUGAUGCUUUUGCACCUGCCGAGUAGCUCCCUGCCUAUGCAGCCUAGUGACGUCACACAGCCGCCAUGGCCCACCCCGCAAACGGUCCGGACAUGCCUGCGUUAUCCAGACCGCGCCCUGGAAAAGCCACCGUAACGCCAUUGACACGCCCCGCGACUGCCUACUCAGCUUACCGGUGCCGGAAUCCCGACAGCCGGCAUACCAACAACUAUUUUCCCUCUUGGGGUGUCCACGACACCCCUGGAGGGAGAAUAAAUAGCGUGUAUAGCGAGCCUGCAAGGGGCUCUUUUGCGUUCGCCCCACUGCCGGUAUACCGCCGGCAUACCAUAGUAGACCCGUUUUUUCAGGGCUGUGCUUAAUGUGUCUUUAAAGUGUUAUACAGUAUGUUAUAUUUAUUUAUCAGCCAUUGGAAUGCUGAAGUGAACUCCAUGCAUGUAUGUACUGUAUGUCUCCUAGUCUUCUACAAUUUUAUUACAUUGUAAGGUCCUUAAGAACUUAAUUAAUAAAUACCGCAGUGUGGCAUUAUUCAGAUCAUACUUCAAAAUGUAGUAAGUCUUUUUGUUUUAUUUCUCCAUGAAU